AUGGAAAAGAUUGAUGUUGAUUCUAUAAAAAAUGAAAUUUUAACAUGUGAAACAACUAAACAAUUAAAUCAAAUUCAAUCACAAUUUCAAAAUCUAAUUGGUUCUAAACUAUCUCAAAAGGACCAACAAACAAAUUUUGAGAAAAAGCAAGAAAAUGAUAGGAUUCAGCAAAUUUAUAGGUUAUUACAAUCAAAACAAAAUCAAUUGAGUAGAUCUACUUUUAAAUUCAUUGGUGAUCCAAUACCUCCAAAAUCAACUAGUGAUCAAAGAGAAUUUGUGAAUGUUUCACCAAAACAGUUUGAAUCCGAUGAAAAAAACAAUAAAAUUGAAAUAAUUAAUGAUAGGGUCAACUUGGAUCAGAAUUAUGUUCAUAUUUCAAAAUUGUCAAAUAGUAUAUUAAAAUUAAACAUAAACUCAAUCAACCUCAACAAUGCCAUCAACUCAGUUGGUUGUAUCAACUCAGAAGGUCCGUUAUUUAUCCAAAAUAUGUCAAAUUGUAUAUUCGUGGUGAAGUGCCAUCAGGCAAGGUUGCACAAUAUUAAAAAUUGUAUACUAAUUUUCAAUCAACAAACAAAACCGGUCAUAAUCGAGAAUUGUUCAAAAUUAAAGUUUAAUGAAAUUGACGUUGACGAUUUUAAUCAUCCUACUAAGAUUAUAAAGAGUCCAAAUUAUGAAAUUUUAAAAGAUGAAAAAGUAGUACAGAUAGAAAAUGAAAUUAAAAUUGUCGAUAUAAAGGCUCUAGAUAAAUUUUUAGAGAGAUAUAUUUGUGAAUAG